AUGGCUACCCCCGUCGACGAAGGGUAUUUCAAUGACUUGUCGAGGCAGCCACAGCAAAAUCAGAAGAACUCUCUGAGCCCCCAAGAAAUAUCGUCUGAUACUUCCGUGAAAGACCAGUUGGAGCUUCCGAAGACUAAGAGGAUAGCUUGUGUCAUCUGCAGGAAGAGAAAGCUCAAAUGCGACGGCAACAAGCCAAAAUGCGCGACGUGCGCUCGACUUGGACACAGCUGUGCAUAUGAUGAGGUCCGGAGGAAAAGUGGUCCUAAACGAGGAUAUGUCAAAGAGUUAGAAGCCAGACUUGCGCACGUUGAAACUCAAUUGAAGGGCAAGGCAGCCAAAAAUGGGAAAAAAGCCACGCCGGCAAAGCAGCCACAAGUCCCAGAGGAGAGUGUGAUGGAGGAGGAUACAUUGCAGUUCAAUGUAUCCGUACCAGAUGACAACAGCGUUCCGAGACCAGAAGCGCCAUACAGUGCGAUGGGUAGUGCCGAAAGUGCAUUUUCACCAUCAACGAUCAAUCCUUUGCCUGAGGCGAUGACCAAUGGCUCGGACUUCAUGCCCGAUAUGAGCUUCGGUUUAGAUGACAAUUUCUCGUGGGAAAUGAUAGGGCUCGGCCUUGAGGAACCGUUACCAAUGCAAGAAGCAAUUGACGAGCUGUACGUCCAAAGUACCCUUCAAAGACGAAAACUGACCAUCAGUAGCACCAAUGUCUACUUCGAAAAGAUUCACCCGUCGUUGCCAAUGCUUCACAAGUACCGGUAUUACUCUUCCUUAAGCCUCUCACCGCAGGCCCGGCCUCCAGUCUGCCUUCGAUACGCCAUGUGGGCAAUGGCAGCAAUGGUAACUGACAAAUACAUGCAUCAUGACGAUAUCUUUUACCGGCGAGCGCGUAAGUAUCUCCAGCUGGAUGAGAUGAAAGGCGCUGGGGAAUCAACCGUGUCACUUGCCCACGUACAGACUUGGACGCUCGUUGCUACGUAUGAGUUUAAACUCAUGUAUUUCCCUCGCGCCUGGAUGAGCUGUGGGCGCGCUGGCCGGAUGGCACUUAUGACCGGUAUGAACAGGAUAGACGGUAUUGGAAUGGAUGUCAAGCAGUGUCUGCCGCCUCCGAAGGACUGGGUAGAGCGUGAAGAACGACGCAGAACCUUUUGGAUGGCAUAUUGUAUCGAUCGUUACGCAAGCAUCGGAACUGGCUGGCCAAUGUCGAUCGACGAACGAGACAUCAUGACUGCUCUUCCCGCUAGUGAAGAGGCUUACGAGAACGGGACCCCGCAGACGACUCCUUUGAUGGGACAAGCAAUGUCUCAAGAGCAGAUCUCUUCCCUUUCUACCUUUGCCGGCGUCGUAUACGUAACUCAUUUCUUUGGCCUCAACCUGACACACCUUCACAGACCAGAGCCUGAUGACGACGAGUCAAAUUUGCAAGGAAAAUUCUGGAAGCGACAUCGAUACAUGGAUAACAUACUGUCCAACACCUCGUUGGCGCUACCUUCUCAUCUCAGACUACCAAUGGGUGUAAGGAAUCCGAACGUUGUAUUCAUCAACUUUUCUCGUACGUUCCGUCACUUUACUGUAAAACGACCUUCCACUGAUGAUCCUGCAGUCCAUACUUCUAUUAUCUGUCUACACCAAGCAGCAAUCUUCAAAGCGCAAAGGCACAACAUUCACCAUUCUGCUAUUGAAAGUAGUCGAGGCCGUUGCUUACUAUCGGCAGCAGAGAUCGUCAACAUCAUGCGUAUGACUAGCCACCUUGAUAUUACCGGAAUGAAUCCUUAUAUGGUUUUCUGCCUCUAUGUCGCCGCUCGCGUGUUCGUGCAAUUUCUGAAGCAAUCUCCUUCGGAUGAAGAGGUCAAGACUUCGCUCGAGUUUCUUUUAACGGCCAUGACUGCGCUCAGAAAGAAGGUUCCACUUGCAGAGUCUUUCAUGAUUCAACUCCAGCUCGAUAUCGAGGGUAGUGGUCUUGAUGUACUCCUCCACAAUCCUGACUUCUCAUCAAUGGUCAAAGAAAAGGCAGUACGUUUAGGAACCCUUCUUGGCAACCCCUGCAAUGAUUUAUUAACCGAGGGAUAG